AUGAAACCUACUCUCCUCUCUGGUUAUAAACGUGAUCGCAUUCAGGUGGCUCACUCGAGCGUUCCGGUUGACCCGCUCGCCAGACGUAAAGACGGCCGCCCGAGUCCCUCAGCCAUGGCUGAAGAAUCCACUACUCGCAACGAUGAAACAUUGAGUACCUCAUUUCCGCACGUCGUGUCACGAGAAAGCGAGCAGAGGGAGGCUUCAACUCAACAGUUCGCUCAACGUGAAGUGGAACAGUCGACUGCUCUUGCUCAGCAGCUCGUCACGUCCAAUUACCCACAGCCAACUACUCCACCUACGCAGUCUAUCUCGCGUGAGAACCAGCCGGUUCCAGGACUCGAAGGGCAGAAUGUCACUAUCAUCGGACAAUUUUUGCGUUCCCUCAUGCCACGGAUGGAAGUGCAUACUAAUCGCGUAAUGCACGCUGGCUUGGUCGACCGCGAAACGUUUACAGCGUUCCGUGGCCUUUCCAAAACCGGUCAAAUGAGAAUACUCACCUGCGAUAUGCAGCUUAAUCCCCUGGAGGCAUCACUCUUCCACGAGGCGGUUAUUGGUGAAGCGUUCAUGUCUCGUUUCGCUGCAUGUCUUUCGUAA